ACUUUCACACUUUAGGCACUCGCGUAAAUAAACAAAUGAGACUGUAACUUAAACUUGUUUUAAAUGAUUGGUAUUUGUUUAGUUUAAUUAUUAUUUAUCCAUUGAAGAAAGUUACGUAAACACUUGAUAUUUGCUGUAGUCUUCGGUGAGCAUCUCUUUGCCUUAUACUUUACAGUGGGGCACAAUGUUUUCCAAUAGCCGUCGAAUUUUGAGUUGCGUAAAAAUUUCACAUCACUUUCUUUCCAGAAAUGGAUCUAAUAACAGCACUGUAAAGAAGAGGGUACAAGAUGUGGGACAUAAAGUUUCAAAAGAAAUCAAAAGUUAUGCCUUGACCAAGUAUGUUGACUAUGUAAGAAACUAUGACAAAAUUCUGGAGGUGCGUUUUCCAAAGGCAAUGAAGGUCUAUAGGGUUUUCUCUGUGGGCAUCAAAGAGCUUUACCACGAUACCAAAGCUUUUGUUAAAGUAAAGACUCUUAUCCGGAAUGCCAAGAAAAAUGGUGGAGGAAUUCAUUGUUUGGGGCUGAAGGAUAUGGAAAUCUUCUACCGAAUGCCUAGAGAAAUGUUGAGAGUCUCACCAGUUCUUCUCAUUAGUGCUUUACCUUUUGCCAAUUACAUCAUUUUUCCUUUGGCCUAUCUCCUUCCAAAACAAUUGCUCUCUUCCCAUUUUUGGUCACUUCAGCAGCGGCUUGACUUUGCGCUUCAUGAUCACAAAAAGUGCGUUCAGCAUUUCCGACCAGUUUUCCGAUGCAUGCAAGCAAGGAUAUCUUCGGUUAGUGCAAAAAACAUAGAGGAGAAAUUGAGUAAAAUCCUGUCUAAACUCGCCAGUGGUGUACAUCCAACUGUUGAAGAGAUAUUAGAUUUGAAAAUCUUAUUUCAAGGGGAACCAUUCCAUCUUAACUGUUUGUACCCACGUCACAAAAAUCAACUGUUGAAAGUUCACGGUAUGCAUACACUUUGGUCCCGCCGACGUCGAUUGUCCCAAAGAGCAGAAGAGAUUCUCAAUAAAGAUAGAGCCCUGAAACGUGAAGGAGUGGUAUCGUUGUCUUUGGAGGAACUGCGUUCUGCUUGCUUCAUCCGUGGACUAAAUCCUUCUAAUAUGAGAAUUGAAGACAUGGCUAAAUAUUUGGAACGGUGGAUUGCAGUCUCCGUUCACGUCGAACCAUCGACAUAUUCUCUCAUUCUUCAUUGCCCCAUUUUGCUAGCAUAUAACCAACCAACUAAUCGUGUGCUGAUUCAAUAACCAAAUUCUAUCCGUGUGAUCACAACUAGUCUUUGAAGCUAAGUGUGUAUGUAAAUUUGGAUUGUGAAAUAAUGAAUGUUAAAAUAGCACGACAAAAUAAUA